UUCCCUUCCGGAGACUUGCUUCCUGCUGAAACGCAAUUGUCAAUCGCAAACGGAAAAAAUAUCGACAUUCAUGGUUCGCUCUAGAAAAAUGACUGUUCACACGUAACUGCCAAAUGAGCAAGUAUUUUCUGGUUGGUCGCGUGAAGAUAUCAGUGCCUGAAACCCACAAGAACGUCAAGAGUAUAGCUGGGUGAUAGGCUACUUUUCGUAGCGCCGAAGCUGAAAACAAUGCCACAUUUCUUGUGGCCGGAGCCGCUGUCAGCCGCACAACUCAAGCGGCUAGAGGAGCACAAAUAUAGCGCUUCGGGUCGAUCCCUUUUCGAACCUCCUUGUCAGAUAUAUUGGAAUUGGCUGGUCCAACAAAUUCCAACUUGGGUAGCGCCUAAUACUCUGACUAUAAUUGGACUGGUAAUAAAUAUAGUCACAACUGUAGUGUUGGUGUUUUAUUGUCCAACGGCAACAGAGGAGGCUCCAGCAUGGGCCUUCAUCCUGAGUGCGUUGGGCCUGUUCAUCUAUCAGUCGCUGGAUGCCAUUGAUGGGAAGCAGGCACGAAGGACAAACAGCAGCUCGGCGCUGGGGGAGCUCUUUGACCACGGCUGUGAUGCUGUCUCCACAGUGUUUGUUUCUGUGGGAACAUGUAUAUCCUGUGGGGUAGGAAGCUACCCUGAUUGGAUGUUCUUCUGUGGCUUUGUGGGGAUGUUCAUGUUCUUCUGUGCACACUGGCAAACCUAUGUUUCCGGAACGCUACGCUUUGGCCUGGUUGAUGUGACAGAGGUCCAGAUUGCCAUCGUUGUCAUGUAUGUGAUGUCAGCUUUUGGUGGAGUGGCCCUUUGGGACUACAGGUUGCCCGUCCUUGGGGUGAAGCUGUAUGCCUUCCCCAUCUUGGGCAUCAUUGGGGGAGCCGUGUUCUCCUGUUAUAACUACUUCCACGUCAUCCUCAACGGGGGCGUCGGCAAGAACGGCUCCACUGUGGCUGACACCAGUGUGCUGGCACCAGGUAUGCACAUCGGCCUCAUCUUCACACUGGCCUUCAUCAUCUUUAAGAAGUCAUCCAACAAGCUUUUUGAACUGCACCCCUGUCUCUACAUCCUAACUUUCGGCAUGGUCGUCGCCAAGAUCGCCAACAAGCUAGUUGUGGCCCACAUGACCAAGAGUGAGCUUUAUCUCCCAGACACGGCGUUCAUCGGGCCUGGCCUCCUCUUCCUCAACCAGUACUUCAACAGCUUCAUCGACGAGCACAUAGUCCUCUAUAUCGCAAUGGUCCUGUCGUUGAUUGACUUGACGCGCUACUGCACAGGCGUGUGCAUCCAGAUUGCCUCUCACCUGCGCAUUCACGUGUUCAGCAUCACGGCACAAGCUGCCCCCAAACACGACUGACGUUUUGCCCGGAGGAAGGAGGCGGGGGAUGCCGCCCCGCUCUUGAAAGCAGAUGAUGAUGAAGAGGUCCCCUCCACCCCAAACCUCAGCAGCCUUGACACUGUGACCACCUCUGACUAAAGGUUGUCUGUAAUAAUGCUAGAGUAAUGACAACCACCCGAUUUUCCAACCAACCACCCGAUUUUCCACUUAUUUUCCAACCAACUGGAAAUAAGUUGGUUGGUUUUUCUUUGUCUCCAUAUAGGAAGUAAUCACUACCUGAGGUAAUCUGAGACUCAGAUUUGAUAAGUCAUCAGACAGGUUUUAACAUCCAAAGCGCACCAUUUGCCAUUUUUUCCAGCUCAUUCAAAUCAUACACUAUGGGUAAACUACAAUACAUUUUUUGGCAAAGAUCAAAUAAUGUUGCUUUGUAUUUUUCCUUGAAUUUGGUUUCUCAAUUGUUUUGACUGACAAUUAUACAUAUUCCUAACUAAUUGACCUAUAUUCAAUGCUGUAAAGUUAGAGGCUACAGAACUAGACUCAUGUCUUCACAGCCUCUUGUUAAAAACAAUGUGAUAACUCAACCCAAUGAACAUGUUUGAUCAUUGCCCAAAUUGAUAUUGUUGCUCUUAAUCAUUCAUUAGUCAUGUUUAUUUAAUGAAUGAGACCCAAUCUGACAUGAAAUUAACUCAAUCAGGGCUAGGAAAUACAAAAUAAAUCAACCUUUCAACCUCAUAACUUGUGAAAUGAAGUUUGUAAAGUAGAAUGAGAUAUGGUAAGCUAAUUGUCAAGGACUGCAGGGUAAGGGUCUGGGUUAAUGCUGAAAAGUGACAUUUCUUCUACAAGGGCUUCUGACUGAAUCCCCCACCCUCUGUAACCUCAACUCUACUCCAGUUGAAGUCCUUGUAGUCAUGUUGGUGAUGCGUUAACACCAGAGUCCUGUCUGCUUUCAACGUUCUGCUCCCUAAAGGGCUAAUUCUUUGAAUCCUUUUGUUUAAUUAAAAAGUCUGAAUAUUUUAAGUACUAAAAUGUUUCUUUUCUGCAUCAUUAUGAAACCAGUAUUUAUGGUUGAAGUAUCAGACAUGUAACAGAAUUUUUUACAGAAAUUUAUUUUACUAUAAUUCUGUACUGGAAGCCAUCUUUUUUAUCACAUUUAGAAUAUGUAUAGGUGAAUGAAUGCAUUUGGUACAUUAAACUCAAUGAUUUGUGA